AAAUUUGACAUUGCCAAUUUGGCAACAUUUCAUAUCAGGAUAGGUAAAAGAGACCUGCAUUGAGGACACCAUUUGAAAAGCCGCGGCAAUGAAUGAAGCAGGAGACGGUACACUAUUGGCGUCUGAUCAGUCUCAGAGCACAAAAAACUAUGACAAAGAUGCUGUGGAUACAGAGCUGAGGGAUGUUGAACAGACUGGUGAUAACACAACAGAAGAAGCUGUGAACCAAAAUCUAGAUGACAAUACAAUUUCCAGCACAGAAGAACAAAAAGUGGAAGACAUUGAAAAUGAAAAGGAAGAAGAUAUUGAAACAUUGGAAACAGCUGAUGCAGGAGAUGUAGAGAACGUCAUCAAUGAUGAAUCAGAGAAUGCAGAAGGUUUAUUGGCAGUUGAGGACACACAAACUGCUGAUGCUUCAACUGCAGUUGAGGACAUACCAGCUGUAGAUGAUUCAUCGCCAAUAGAGGACACACCAGCUGUAGAUGAUUCAUCGCCAGUAGAGGACACACCAGAUGUAGGAGAUUCAUCACCAGUAGAGGACACACUAAGUGUAGAUGAUUCAUUGCCAGUAGAAGACACACCGGGUGUAGCAGAAACAGAGGAGCCUCCAGUAUUAGAUAACUCACCUGUGGCAGAAAAGACAUCACUAGAAGACGAUUCUGCUGUUGUAGAGACUACAUUGACAGAAUCAGAAAAUGUUGACAAUUUAGAAAACACUGAAAAUUGGACAGAAAACCAGAGUGAUGACCAGACCAUGCAAGUAGAUGAAUCAGUUUGUCAAAAUGACAGUUUACACGAUGAGUCAGUUUUGGAAACUUCAGAGACAAAUGAAGAGGUUACUGCUGAAACAGAGGAAAACAAUACACCUGUUCAGUUGUCAGCAGAGGAACAAGAUAUUGUUGAGGAAGAUAAAUUGCUGGAAGAUGUGGAAAACAAGGAAAUGAUGGAUGAUUCUGAAAAUAAUGAACGGAGUGAAAGAAUGUUAGAUGAAUCCCAACAAGAUGAAGGUCAGGCUUCUCCCGGAGAUAUGAUGCUUCAAAUCGGCUCUGUUACUGGAAAUGCAGAGAUGUUAGAGGACAAUGAGAUGAUGGAUGUUGACCAAAAUUCUUCUCAGAAAGAAACUGGGGAGGAUAGUGGAAAGGUAUCUGAUGCAAAUGAAAGCAACAAAGAUGAUGAUGUUGAAAUGAUAGACACAGAGAAUGAAAGCAAGCAGAAGCUUGAUGAUAAAGAAAAUGGCGUUCAAGAAGAGGUUGGAGAAAAAAUUGCACAUGUCAAAGAUACAGAUAAUGAUACUGAAAUGAAACAGGAAGGUGAAGUUACAUUGGAAAAAGUAAUAACUGAACCUUCAGAAGACACGAAACCUAAAUCAGCAGAAGAUGAUGAAGAUGAUGAUGUUAAGAUUAUAGACAUUCAUUCUGAUGAUGAAGGAAACAAGGCCAAAGAUGAAAAAAUAACGAUGAAAGAUGAUAACAAAGAUGAAAACAAAGAUGAAAGGCCUGUAGUGGAAAAUGGAGAGAUGUGUCUACAGAUUGCCUCAGUCAGUGGAGGGGUUGACAUGCCAGAACAAAAUUUUGAGGAAAAGAAAGAAGACAAAAAAGAAGGGGAACUCAAUAUCAAAGAAGAAAAUGUUUCCAAAGAAAUCAAACAAGAACCUAAAAGUGGGGAGACGAAAGUUAAGAGUACAUCCAAAACUCAGACCUGCAUUGUUUGUCAAAAGAUUGGUAAAUGUAAAUAUAACAUUGUGAGAAAUGGAGAUAUCAAGCAUCUGUGUGAUGAUAUCUGCUUCAAGCAGUUCCGUGCCAACCCCACUAUGUUUCUUCGUGCAUCAGCUGACAACCAGGUGACAAAGAAGCCAGAGGGUCCUGCCCAAGCCCCGCCACCACCUGUUCCUCCACCUUCUCAGGAGAGAUACAAGACAUGCUCCAUAUGUCAGCUGAUGAAUGUAAAGACAUCAAAGCCAUUCCUCAACUGGCAAUGUAUGGACUUCUGUGGUGAGGACUGUUUGGGAAAAUUUCAAGCUGGACUGAAUGCUGCUUGUAACUAUUGUGGUCUUACUGUUCAGCAAGCCUCCAAGGGUAAAUUCUGUGCUCGGGUUGAUAAUGAUGUCAAACAAUUUUGUUCUGGCCCUUGCUAUAAUGAAUUCAAGAAGAGACAAAAACUUUGCGAAUUUUGCCAAAAGGAUGUUACCAAAAUAUCUGAUGCUUUUGUAGCACCAGUUGGGAAAGAUGCUUUAUUCAAGGACUUUUGUAGUCAAAGCUGUUUGCAGAAGUAUGAGGAGAAAUCCAAUCGUGAUGUUGAGAUUGUUGGUAUUGACCGUCCUCAGAAAUCACAGGUGCCCCCUAAAGGGAACUUCCAAUGUGCUGUUUGUAGGAAAACAGGGCCUGUGAAGCAUGAGAUUAAAUUGGAAGGGAAGAUGAACAGAUUGUGUGGCGAUCCAUGCUUCUCAGCUUUUCAGUAUGCCAAUAAACUGACCAUGAACACUUGUGACAAUUGUGGUGUCUACUGCUACAAUGAGGGUAUGGCACCACAGUAUAUACAAUUUGAAGGCCAACAGAAACGUUUCUGCAGCUUUAUGUGUGUGAACACAUUCAAAGCUCUGAACAAAAAGGUUGUAUCUUGUGCAUGGUGUAAUUGUAAAAAGAGCAACUUUGACAUGAUCGAGCGUGUUGAUGCCAACAACAAGUACCAACUGUUCUGUUCACUCAACUGUCUUUCAUUAUACAGAGUGAAUCUACAGGCGACAUCCAAUCAGGCGGUGGUCUGUGACCAGUGUAGAAAGUUUGUACCUGCCCAGUAUCAUCUCACAAUGAGUGAUGCUUCAGUUAGGAACUUCUGUUCCUAUCAGUGUGUCAUGACAUUUCAAUCACAGUUUGCUGGAGGAUCUAAUAAAUCUCAGACACCUAUAAUGAACACUGCACCACAAAAUCAGAAAACGACAGUAGGAAGAACCAAUACUAGAAACACUCCUACUAGAGCUUCCUCAAGAGUGGUUACCUCUCAGCAAAAACAGACACAUGUGCCAGUCAUCUCCAAUGUGGUUUCCUUAUCAUCUCAAAACACAGAUGCAAGCAAGACCCAGCCUAAAAAAAACAAUGUCCAGUUGCUACGAGGGCCGCAGCAACAAGCAAUGAGAAAUACUCAGAUGCCAAAUCUCGUCAACAGUCAGGCACAACCAAGGGCAUCUGUUACCACUACAGCCAUGCAGACACCACCACAACAGAUCAUUAUCCAACCUCCACCACCAAAGACAGUCAAGAACAAAUCACUCUUGUGUAAACCUUUUGUACAGACCAAGGCCACAUCCUGCAGGCCCCACACACAGACCAAGGAGACACAGACAGAGGACGACUGGACGCCUAAGCGAUGCCUGGUACCGUUGCCCAUUCCUUACUACAUCCCUACACCAAUGAUGAUGUACACUCAGUACACACCGGUACCAAUCCCAAUCCCUGUUCCCAUUCCAGUACCAUGCUUCAUCCCCACAACCAAGAAGUCAGCUAGCAGCAUCUUCAAACACAUAAAGGAAAUCCAGGAAAGAAUACCGUCUGACCCUUUGGAAGCUGAGCUCUUGAUGAUGGCUGAGGCAGUGGCAGUUGUGGAUCCAGACUCAGAAUCAGAAUCAGACAAUGAGGACAUUUUGACUUCCGCAAAAACUCCAACAGCUGAUGAGAAUGCUGUGUCAAACUCUCCCUCACCUAUGCCUGACCCAGUCCCUGAAGUCACACCCACACCUGGCCAAGCCAACGGAGAGUUUGGUGAAGACAUGCUGCAGAUGGCCCUUCGUAUGGCAACAGAGAUGACUUCUGAACCUGUGAUGGACCUUGAAAGUUCCAUAGACCCUGUCCCUGUAAACACUGAACCUCCACCACCUCCUCCUCAGGAAGAGGAAGAAGAGGAGCUUAUUCCAACAAGAGAGACCAGGUCAAGGGGUCGUGGCCCAAAGAGGUCAGGGUCAAGAGCCAGUCGCAAAAGCAAGCGACAGAAAGUGGCACAUCCCCUCGAACAGGAAGAGAAGAUGGAGACAGAGCAGGUUAUGGAGCAGGAAGUACCAGAGAUUCCUCUAGAUGCCAAUAUGUACCUAAAGUACACAUAUGGUGUCAAUGCAUGGAAACAUUGGGUGGUACUAAAGAACGCCCAGUUAGAGAAAGUGUCUAAACACGGAUCUGGCAAACUAAAACUCUUCAAAACAGACAUGAUGGGAUGUUCCGCUGACGAACUCAAUUACUCACUGUGUCUGUUUGUGAAGGAGGUGCGGAAACCCAAUGGGGACGAGUAUGCUCCCGACAGUAUUUAUUACCUUUGUCUAGGAAUUCAGCAGUAUCUGUUCGAGAAUAGCAGGAUUGAUAACAUCUUCACGGAUAUGUAUUAUGAGAAAUUCACAGAGUGUUUGAAUGAAGUCCUGAACAGAUAUGAGCCCAAGAUUAACACUGCAGGCCAGCUUGUGUGUCGUAUUGAGGAGGAACACCUUUGGGAGUGUAAACAGUUAGGUGCCCACUCUCCUCAUGUCCUUCUUAACACUCUUGUCUUCUUCAACACCAAGUACUUCAUGCUCAAGGAGGUCGAUGACCAUAUGAAGCUUUCUUUUACACAUAUCAUGAAGCACUGGAAGAAAACUCCAAUUGGCAAGAACAACACCACUGGUCGAAGUGUCUAUCUACGCUACUACUGCCCAAACCCAACCAAAGUCGCAAAUGAUGUGAACCAGAAGAAGAAACAAAAAGAUGAGGUGCCGGUGUAUGAACAAGCUGAAAAUCUAGACAAUCCACUCAGAUGUCCUGUCAAGUUGUACGAGUUCUACCUCUCAAAAUGCCCUGAAAGUAUUAAGAACCGCAAUGAUGCAUUCUACCUAACCCCAGAGAGAUCCUGUGUACCAGACAGCCCAGUGUGGUAUUCAACCCAGAACCUGUCCAGUGAGGCCAUGAAUAAAAUGUUAAAUCGUGCACGAUUGGUACGAGAGAUUCAGGAAGCCAUGCUACACACACAACCUAUGUAUAUGUAAUGUUUUACUGUACAUGAUUAAUCAGGGACUUUCAUUUUAAGCACAUUAUUUGUGUGAUAUUAUGUAUGAUCAGGGAAAUUCUGACUGAUGUGUUACACAAGACCUGUAUAUAUGCAUGGUCAGGGAAAUUCAGGAAGCUGCAUUACAGUUGGUCUUCAUCUGUUAUAAAGGACCUGCUUAUCUAUAGAGGUCUUUUAGAACUUCAAGUCAAAAACAAAUAUAGUCAGUAAUUUGGGUAUUGCUUGGAGGACAAACAGCUUCAGAAUUUGUGAACUGCUUUUAAUUAUGUGACUACAGCUGUUUUGUUUACUGUAAAUGAUUUGCAUGACCACUUUGAUUCAAAUAGAUUGAAAAUUUUGUUUACAUUUUGCAUACCUAACUAAGGAUACAGCUGAUCUUGAUGCUAUCAAUAUUUCAAACAUGAUUAUUGUUUCCAAUUUUAUCAAAUUUAGAUCAUUUGCAAUUAUUUUUCUUUUAUUCAACAAAUCAAGGAUUGCGUUGAAAAAUUUCUUUCAUCAUGGAUGUAUUUUGAAUUAAACACCAGAUGUGUUACUUUGUAUUUUCAUUCAAUACAAUGCAGUGUUCAGAGUUUAAAAUUUACAUGUAUAUGUACCCCCUGAAAGUUUCUUAUUGAUUACAAUUCAUGCUCAUUUUCAAUUAGACUUUUUUAUUGUUUACCUGCUCAUCCCUCAUGAUAUAUUUGUGUAAGAACAUUUAAAAAGAUCUCUUGGAUCAGUUCAUACAUUCUUUCAGAGGAACUUUGUUUUUGUGUAAGUACACAUGCACAGUAAAAUAUUUUUUUAUUUAAAUGUUUCCUGUUUUUCUCUUUACAUUUGUUAGGAAUUGAAUAUACAUAUCAUAGCAGAAGUAAAAUCUACUAAUCUAUUGUAUAUGUAUGUACAUUAUCUUAGCUAGCGCCCACACCUGUUCCACACUUGUAGCACAGUAUGCUCACCUGUACAUUUGUGAGUGAGGGCACUCGGUACAUAGUGCCCUCACUCAUUACGAACACAGUUUCAUUUUAGUUAGUAUACUCACCUGUACAAAGCCUGUAGUUUCAGUAAUUAGAGCCCUCACCUGUACAAAACAUGUAGUACAGUAUCAUUUUAGUAAGUAUGGUCACCCAUAUUUAUUUUCUCAUUCUGUUUAGUUAGUGCCCCAACCCUACAUUUUCCCGUAGUAUUCUUAGUUUACUUUAACAGAAUAACUAAACUAACCUCCUUAUAGGACUGUAUUUGUUAAGACUCAAAGUCAGGAUAUAUUAACACUUCUUCAAUGUAAUUAUCUGAUAUCAUUGUUGUCUGUUUCAUUCAUUGUCGUUGUCAUCUGUACAAGAUUGGAAGCUUCCAAUGCGAUCAGUUGUGGAUAUUAGACGACACUUAUUACAAGUAUUGUCAUUGUUUUUGUUUUAUGACGUAUUGUUGUUUUAAUUUUUAUAUACAUUAUUCAGCUAAAUGGAGAAAAAAGAUUAUCCUGAUCUAGCAGCAAAUGAGCAACAUUUGAAUAAUGAUUCAGUAGAGAAUUGUUAACCUUAAAGGCUUAUACAGAGUAUCGCUUCUUAGGUAUUUGUGCUUAUGUACAUUCUGCAAUAAACAACUACUAAAAAAGUA